AUCAUCACUGCCUUUCCACAAAGGCAAGAUGUAUCUUCAACUACUGAAACCCACACUUCUCCGAUGCUCAACCCGUCCAUCUUCUUCCGGAGCUUACACCCGCUCCCCAAUCGAUCAAAAAUGGGCUGCCAUGGCAAAAAAGGCGAUGAAAGGCCGUGAAGCGGACACUUUGACAUGGAAUACCCCUGAAGGAAUUCCAAUCAAGCCACUUUAUUUGAGAUCUGAUAGAGAUUGUGAUGCUCAAAGAUCUGUUGAACUUCCCGGUCAAUUCCCAUUCACUAGAGGACCAUAUCCAACAAUGUAUACUCAACGGCCAUGGACUAUCAGACAAUACGCUGGAUUUUCGACUGUUGAAGAGUCGAAUAAGUUCUAUAAGGAGAAUAUUAAAGCAGGGCAGCAAGGACUUUCAGUUGCAUUUGAUUUGGCCACUCAUAGAGGCUACGAUUCUGACAAUCCGCGUGUAUUCGGAGACGUCGGAAUGGCCGGUGUUGCUGUGGAUUCAGUUGAAGAUAUGCGUCAACUGUUCGAUGGAAUUAAUCUCGAAAAAAUGUCAGUUUCAAUGACAAUGAACGGAGCUGUCGUUCCAGUACUUGCCAUGUAUGUUGUAGCUGCCGAAGAAGCUGGAGUCAGUAGGAAGCUGUUGGCUGGAACGAUUCAAAAUGAUAUUCUCAAAGAAUUUAUGGUCAGAAAUACGUACAUUUAUCCACCAGAGCCAUCGAUGAGAAUCAUUGGAGACAUCUUUGCAUACACUUCUCGUGAAAUGCCAAAAUUCAAUUCGAUCUCAAUUUCUGGAUAUCAUAUGCAAGAAGCUGGAGCUGAUGCUGUUCUUGAGAUGGCUUUUACAAUUGCAGAUGGAAUUCAAUACUGUGAGACUGGACUAAAUGCUGGACUUACUAUUGAUGCAUUUGCUCCGCGUCUCUCAUUCUUUUGGGGUAUAUCUAUGAAUUUCUACAUGGAAAUCGCAAAGAUGAGAGCUGCCCGUCGCCUUUGGGCUAAUCUGAUUAAAGAGAGAUUCUCACCAAAAAGUGAUAAGAGUAUGAUGUUGAGAACACAUUCACAGACUUCUGGAUGGUCAUUGACUGAGCAGGAUCCAUACAACAACAUCAUUCGUACAACAAUUGAAGCAAUGGCUUCAGUCUUUGGAGGAACUCAAUCUCUUCACACAAACUCAUUCGAUGAGGCUCUCGGACUUCCAACUAAAUUCUCCGCCAGAAUCGCUCGUAACACUCAGAUCAUUAUUCAGGAAGAAUCAGGAAUCUGCAAUGUUGCCGAUCCUUGGGGAGGAUCAUAUAUGAUGGAAUCACUUACUGACGAGAUUUACGAGAAGGCAUUGGCAGUUAUUAAGGAAAUUGAUGAACUCGGAGGUAUGGCAAAAGCUGUGGCAUCUGGAAUGACCAAGCUGAAAAUUGAGGAAGCCGCUGCCAAGAAACAAGCAAGAAUUGAUGCUGGAAAAGAUGUGAUUGUUGGAGUUAACAAAUAUCGUUUGGAUCACGAGCAACAAGUUGAGGUCUUGAAAAUUGAUAACGCUAAGGUCAGAGAGGAGCAAUGUGCCAAGUUGAACCAUAUCCGUGCCACCAGAGACGCAGAGAAAGCCCAAAAGGCGUUGGAUGCAAUUACAGAAGGAGCACGUGGAAAUGGAAAUCUUAUGGAACUUGCCAUUGAAGCCGCCCGUGCUCGUUGUACAGUUGGAGAGAUUUCUGAUGCAAUGGAGAAAGUAUUCAAUCGACACGCAGCUGUUAAUCGUUUGGUUUCUGGUGCAUAUAAAUCAGAAUUUGGAGAGACUUCUGAAAUGUCACAGGUGCUUGAACGUGUUAAAUCGUUCGCUGAUCGUGAUGGUCGUCAACCACGUAUUAUGGUGGCAAAGAUGGGACAAGAUGGACAUGAUCGUGGAGCAAAAGUCAUUGCAACAGGAUUCGCUGAUCUUGGAUUCGAUGUUGAUGUUGGACCACUCUUCCAGACUCCAUUAGAAGCUGCUCAACAAGCUGUCGAUGCUGAUGUUCAUGUUAUUGGAGCAUCCAGUUUGGCCGCCGGACACUUGACACUCAUUCCACAGCUUAUUGGAGAACUCAAGAAAUUGGGAAGACCAGACAUCCUCGUCGUCGCCGGAGGAGUCAUUCCACCACAAGACUACAAGGAACUCUAUGAUGCUGGGGUCGCCCUCGUCUUCGGUCCAGGAACCCGCCUUCCAGCUUGUGCCAACCAAAUUCUCGAGAAGCUCGAAGCCAAUUUGCCAGAAGCUCCAGGAAAAGCUGCUUCUCGUUAAUUUUCGCGUCUCUAAUUUUAUUGCAUCCCAUUAUUUUGACACGUUGCCCCUAAUUUUCAAUGUAUAAAAACGAAAACUAACUAACCGGUUUCAAUAUUUUAAGCAUUUUUCCCGUAUUUCUUGUGCCAUCUCCUACAGUAUAUUUGAUACCAUAGUUUUAUUAUUAUUAGAAGCCCCUUAAUGUUUUAUUCGAAUACACAUUAUGAUUUCCUA